CCCCUUUCUUUUUCUUGUUUGCUAGAUUUCUUCUUAAUAGCCAUACUUAUUAAAUUGGGACGUGCGGAUUAUGGAUCAGAAACAGCCGGAGGAAGUAAUGGAUUACGAUCACAGAAAGGUGGGUGACAAGCAGGAUCUUUUCUUUUUUGAUGAAGUAAGCCCUAGAAGUUGUUUCUUUCUUCCACAUGGUACUCGAAUUUGCAACAAAUUACUGGAUUUCAUAAAGAGUCAGUAUUGGAAGAGAGGCUACGAGGAGGUUUGGAGUCCAAAUAUGUACAAGAUGAAAUUGUGGGAAACUUCUGGUCAUGCUGCAAAAUUCAAGAACAACAUGUUUGUGUUUGAGAUUGACAAACAAGAAUACGCGCUGAAGCCAAUGAACUGCCCCGGACAUUGUUUAAUCUUCAAUCACGGUGGUCGUUCCUACAGGGAGCUACCACUUCGUCUGGCUGACUUUGGGGUUCUUCACAGGAAUGAGAUCAGUGGUUCACUUGCCGGCUUAACGCGCGUUAGGAAAUUUGAACAGGAUGAUGCUCACAUCUUCUGCAGGGAGUCACAGGUUAAGGAUGAAGUCAAGGAUGUCUUAGAUUUCAUGAGCUAUGUGUAUAAAAUAUUAGGUUUAACUUUUAAGCUAAAUUUAUCAACAAGGCCUGAAAACUCUAUUGGAGACAAAGAAACCUGGGAAAAAGCUGAAGGUGCUCUUGUGGAAGCAUUGGAGGAGUUUGGGAAGCCGUGGGGGAGAAAAGAAGGAGAUGGAGCGUUUUACGGUCCGAAAAUUGAUAUCACAGUUUCAGAUGCAAUGAACAGAGAGUUCCAGUGUGCAACAUUGCAGCUUGAUUUCCAACUUCCGGAAAGAUUCGAACUUACAUACAAAGCAGAAGAUGGAAGUGACGAGAGACCGGUUAUGAUACAUAGAGCUAUACUUGGGUCAGUUGAGCGUAUGUUCGCUAUUCUUUGUGAGCAUUUUGAGGGGAAAUGGCCUUUCUGGCUUAGUCCUCGACAAGCAAUGGUCUGCCCUGUUUCCAACAAAUCUCAGUCGUACGCGCUUGAGCUCCGGAAGCAGAUACAUGAUGCUGGUUAUUAUGUUGAUGUUGAAACAAGCGAUAAAACACUCCAGAAAAAGGUACGAGAGGCUCAAGAGGCAAAAUAUAACUAUAUUCUGGUUGUUGGAGAAGCAGAAGCCAAAAGUGGGCAGGUGAGCGUUAGAGUGAGAGACAAUCGUGAUAUUCAAGUCAUGACAGUUGAUGACCUCCUCCAUCACUUCAAAGAUAUAGUUGCAUCAUUUCAGUAGGAGGUGUUAUAUUCAACAGAAAAAUCAGUCAAUCAUAAGAACCCUUUAGUCUGGAAGAGUUGAUAGUCUAGCAGAGUUUUCUUUUUUUCCUUUGUUUUGUUUGGUACGAACGAUAGAUCUUUUGUUUCUUGCUUAUUUUCAUACUUCUUUUUCAUCA